UCUGUUGACCACCACAUCCUACUUGACUUCACUGGCACUCCAACCGCAAACACCAUACAAUGGCAGCCGUCGCUCUCAACGGAAACGACCCCAAUGGCAUCCAUCCCAAGACCAAAGGUCUCACCCGUGGUCAACUGAAGCGAUUAAAACAAAAGCAGAAACCAAAACGACCAACUACCCACUCCAACAUCAACGGAGUAUCCUCGCCUAAACACGAUUCUGCUGAUCGAAGCGACGAGAACAAGGAGGAUGACGAAAGCGGUGAUGUGCAGUCUUUAGCAUCGUCAGUAGUCGAUGAUGCCCUAUUAGGUACAGGUGAACUGGAUAAUUCCACUCGUGAACUCUUUGCCGACGUCUUUGCAAAAUUCCAGCCGACCGAUCAGGAUACUAUCAGUAUGGAAGAAGAGAAACCUGAAGACCCCAGUAAAGGCCAAGUGAUUUAUUCAGAUGAUGAGAUGCCUUCGGAUGGUGAUUCAGAUGCACCCAAACCUGAUGUUUCAAAGCGCAAGCAACGGAAGAUGGCCCGACUAACAGUAGCCGAGCUGAAAAGACUAGUCAAGAAGCCAGAAGUAGUCGAAUGGGUGGACGUCACAGCUCAGGAUCCGAAGUUAUUAGUCCAACUAAAAAGCUAUCGGAAUACAGUUCCGAUUCCGAUCCACUGGAGUCAAAAGAGGGAUUAUCUACAAGGCAAACGAGGGAUCGAGAAACCUGCAUUCCAACUUCCAAGUUACAUUGCGGAUACCGGGAUUGCAACUCAGCGUGACGCUAUCAAAGAAAAAGAGUCCGAACAAUCACUGAGGCAGAAAACUAGGGAACGAGUUCAGCCAAAGAUGGGAAAGAUUGACAUUGAUUAUCAAAAAUUACAUGACGCCUUCUUCAAGUUCCAAGUACCGCCAGUGAUGACGAAAUUUGGUGAAAUGUACCACGAAGGCAAAGAAUUUGAAACAAAAUUAAAAGAAAAACGGCCAGGAGAUUUAUCGGAAGAUCUGAAGGAAGCGCUUUCUAUUCCUCCCCUGGCACCUCCACCAUGGCUUAUCGCUAUGCAACGAUAUGGCCCGCCUCCCAGCUACCCUAAUCUCAAAAUUCCUGGACUGAACGCACCGAUUCCCGAAGGGGCACAGUGGGGCUAUCAUCCUGGCGGUUGGGGUAAACCACCUACCGACGAAUUCGGUCGACCGUUAUAUGGGGAUGUAUUUGGUCAAGCUCCCAAGUUUGAUAGCGAUGCGUACGGGGAACCUGUUUCAAAAGAGCUGUGGGGUGAAGUACAAUCAGACGAGGAAGAGGAAUCGGAGGAGGAAUCAGAAGAAGAAUCGGACGGCGAAGGAGCCGGCCCCUCAGCGGGCGAUGGAACGCAGACUCCAACAGGACUGGAGACCCCCUCUGGACUUGCAUCCAUCACGUCGACAGUUCCUGGGGGACUGGAAACACCCGACUUUAUUGAGCUGCGUAAACGACGCGAAGGGACCGGAGCCGUGGAAGCUGAGGCUGAUAGUGGACCUAAGUCCCUGUACCAUGUAAUACCCGAAAAGGAAACCAAAAUCACUGGGUUCAUGGGCAGUGAUCGCGUUUAUGACGUUCGUGGAAUAUCACAACAUGGGCACAAUGUAUCCAUGCUUGGACAAGAAGAUCGAGGAACAAAACGCAAAGCCAAUGGCGUGGAUGUAGCGCUAGACCCCUCAGAGCUGGAGGGCUUAUCCGAGGAGCAACUGCGACAACGCUACGAAGAGUCUCGCCAAAGAGCGAGUGGAGGCGGGGUUGGCAAUCAACAAGGCGGGCGCGAAGAUCUCUCGGACGUGGUCGCCCAGGAAUCUGCUAAACGGAAAGGAAGAGCCGACGGGUCUGCCAACCCUAAAAACCGGGACCGCGAGAAGGAGAAGUUCAAGUUCUAGACUCAAGUCCCUUCCUUUUUUUUGAUGCUAUGUUCCAGUGUUUCUGUUGUUUUGUUUCAGUUUUAGAUACACUGAGAAAUAACACACACACCUUAUUAUCUAUCUUGCUAUUCUGAUCCUCUCCUUGUAUGUUUCUUAGUAUAGUCAAUUCUUUUCCCUUCCUUUCCUACAACUAGGUUUAUCCACUCAAUAAAAGAAGGAACAUGGGAAAUUAAAAAAAUGGAUCACAUAUGGUCGUCA